AUGAAUAAAGAAAAUAAUAAUACUACUCUUACUUAGAAUUAAAAUGGUAGAAAAACCAUGAAAAUAAAUUCAAAUGAGAUGGACUAAUUUGUUGAUUCAAGAAUUGUUCAAUUAUAAAAAUAAUUAUUAGAAAAAGACUUAGAAAUUGAAAAUUUAUCUAAACUCAAUCAAGAUCCAAAAAAUUAGAAUUCAAAUAAGUAUCGAUUAAUGGAAAUAAAACAAUAAACUCUAUAAACUGAAAACUAAUAAUUGAAAACACAAUUAUAAUAAUAUGAAUCCUUAAAUAAAACACAAUAAAGAAAAUGUGAAUAAUAUUAAAUAUAGAUUGAAUAAUUAUCAUCUGUAUUUGAAGAAACUUAAAAACAAUUAGAAUAAGAAAGAUAAGAGAAAUACAAUAUAUAAUUUUAAUAAUCAUCAAAUCAUAUGGAUGUUCAAUAAGAGAAGAUAUUAAUUAAAACUUAAUUAGACAAUCUUAGAAAAGAGAAAAGUUAAUUAAUCUUAAAAGUAAAAGAAUUAGAAAAUUCUUUAUAAUUGCAUGAAUAAAAUACUAAUUCAAAUUGUUCAGAACUCUCUUCAUUGAAAUAAUAAUUAUAAUAGUAAAUUUAAAAAACAUCUGAAUAUUUAGAAAAAACUCAAGCUUUAGAGAUCAAAAAUACUUUAUUGGAAGCAUAAACAAAAUCAAAUCAUUCUUAAAAUGAUGAAUUGAGAAAUUUAAGAUCAUAAGUUAUUUAAUUAUAAAAAGAUAAGAAUUCUUUACUUGAAAUAUAAUAAGAAUUAGAAACUAAAUUAAGAUUAUAAACUGAACAUGUUUUAAAAUUAUAAAAUUUAUUAAAUGACAAAACGAAAUAAUUGAAUAAAUAUUAAGAAAAAUUAAAUUAAAUUGAAUCAAUAGAAGAAGAUAAUUCAAUAUUAUAAUAAGAUUUAGAAAAGAUAACAAAUUCAUUAGAAGAAAUAUAAUUAGAAAAUUAAAGAAUUGUAAGAUUUUAAUAAUAAAAAAUUGAUUCAUUAAAAAAAGAACUAUAAUAAACAGAAUAUAUAAGAGAAGACAAUAAUAAAAAAUAAGAAGAAAUUGCAUAAUUAAAAUAUUAAAUAGAAAAGAAAAAAGGAGAACAAGAAAAAGACAAAGAAUAAUUAUAAGAAGUAAUAUUUUUAUUUUUUAUACAAUUUAGUUAUCAUUAUUAAAAGAAGCUUAAAAAUAAUGGGUAUUAGAAAAAGAUAAUUACUAAAAGAAAAUUAGUUUAUUAACUGAUGAACUUGAUAAAAUUGCUAAAUAAUAAUAUGAUUAAUUGAGAAUUUAAGUAGAAACAUAAAUUUAAAUGAAAUUUUCAACAGAAAAAGUAUAAUUAGAAAAUCAUAUAUGGUAAUUAAGUUCAUAAAUUAAUGACUUAUAAGCAUAAAUAGAAUAAUACACUACCAAAUUUAGUUAAUUAAAUAUAGAAAAUGAUUAAUUAAGGGAAUAACUUAAUGAAAAACAAAUUACUUAAAAAACUGUCAUUGUUUUAGAAGGUUAGCUUAGAAAUACAUGUACUGAACUUGAAAAAUUAAAAAAUAUGUUUACAUAAAGAAAUUAAGAAUUGGAUUUAGCUAGAAAUAAGAUAUUAGCUUUAGAAGGUUGUGCAGGUUAUGCAUAAGAAUUAGAAAAGAAAGUACAAACUUUAAUGUAAGACAAUCAGAGAUUAAAUUCAAUUAUUAUGGACAGAUGCAAAAAUAAUUGGUGA